GUAUUCGUUAAAGUGUCGGUUGGGUGAGGGAAGUAAAUAAAAGUAAAAGCAUACCUUCGUUGAAUCUUGACCUCGCGAUAUAUUUUAUUUACUUUUCUUCAUUCGCUCUGUCCUCUCUCUUCUCUGUUUCUGUAGUAGCCAUGUGUGUGAUUUCAGAAGAAUCCAUCGCUCAGUUUGAAGCUUUAAUGGAACAAGUUGAUGAAUCACUCAAAACUACUUUUCAGAAUGUUCAUCAAGGUUGUACAAGGGAUACAUAUCUGCGGUUCCUAAUAGCAAGAGAGGGAAAUGUUGCAAAUGCUCAUAAAAUGUUGGUUGAUUCUUUGAAUUGGAGAGUCAAAAAUGAGAUAGAUGAUAUUUUAUCGAAACCUAUCAUUCCUACUGAGCUUUACAGAUCAAUUCGUGAUUCUCAACUAAUAGGAAUGCCAGGUUACACGAAAGAGGGCCUUCCAGUAUUCGCUUUUGGUGCAGGACUCAGCACAUAUGAUAAAGCAUCGGUCCAUUAUUAUGUGCAAUCACACAUUCAGUUCAAUGAAUAUCGCGAUCGUGUAAUUCUGCCUGCUGCAAGUAAGAAGUAUGGGAAACGUAUCAGCAAAUCUCUGAAGGUUUUAGAUAUGACCGGCUUGAAACUUUCAGCUCUAAACCAAAUAAAGCUAUUGACUAUAAUUUCCUCAAUUGAUGACCUUAAUUACCCGGAGAAGGUAGUUGCAUACUACAUUGUCAAUGCUCCCUAUAUCUUUUCAGCCUGUUGGAAGGUAGUCAAACCUCUUCUACAGGAGAGAACCCGAAAAAAGGUUCAAGUUUUAUCAGGUUGUGGACAGGAUGAUCUAUUGAAGAUCAUGGACUAUUCGUCACUGCCCCAUUUUUGCCGGAGAGAAGGUUCUGGAUCUUCCAAAUACUCAGGCAGCUCAAGUGAAAAUUGUUAUUCCCUGGAUCAUCCAUUCCACCAGCAACUUUAUGAUUACAUAAAGCAGCAGGCAUUGCUUCGCAGACCUGUUCGGCCAGUUAAACAGGGCUCUGUCCAUGUGGAUUUUCCUGAUGCUGUCACUGAGGGGACUGAGUUUGUUCAGACGUUGGCAUCAGAAUUUCAAAAGUUCGGUAAGCAAAAUGGACUUUCUCAAUCACUAGAUGAUCUUAAUAUCAAUGAUCAUCAAGCAUAGAUAAUAAGAGUUUGGGUCAUUAUGCACUCGCUGACAAUUCUGGAUUCUCAUGCAAGUACAGUAUUAAUAGCUCGAGCAGUAUAGCAGAGGUUUUCUCCUAAUUAGACGCCUCACUCAAAUUUUAUAUGUUAUAGUUGCACGAGGGGUAUUUUCAAUAUACCAAGUAUGUAUAGGGGAGAUGCGGUUGACAUGUAUUAUUGUUAUGUUAGAUGUACAUAAGAGGCAUAUGUUGCCUGAGCUCUUACUAGUCAUCGCAUGUAUUAAUAAUACAAAUUAUCCAUCACUGAUGCUGACCCUUUUAUGUAUUGACACUAUGAUAUAAAUAAUGUCCAGCACAAUCCUGAAAGCUGGUUUGAGGA